AUGGUUUUGGUAGGAAACUCAGCCGAGGACAUCGCAAAGUGGCGUGAGGAGCGUCGCACAAAGUGGCUUGCGAUGUCCUGUCAGUCUAAGCCACCUAUGGUGACCGUACAAGUGACGGGAAAGCGAAGGCUUUUGAUGCCAUCAGAAGAGGAUUUGGAAGAUGGUGAAGUCGAGGAGAACGAAGAAGCCAAGGUUCAGAUAGUGGUCACAAAUGCUACAACGAACAUUGCGGCUUCCGACUCUGAGGUAUUGCACGAUGAUAGAUCUGGUAUACAGGAGCCGCCAGUUAAGAAGCAGCGCAAGGCAAUGCUGUGCAAGUGGUUCCUACGUGGCCGGUGUCGGUUCAAUGACGUGAUUUGCAAGUAUAGUCAUGACCGUUCGACGUUUGGUUGUCGUGCUAUGAUGCACAAGGGAUCGUGCUCUAAGGGUAUGCACUGCUCGUUCUCACAUGAUACAACCGUGUUGUUAAUUCAACGUGAACGUUCGCAGAAGGCGUCGAAAGAACGUGCUACGGAACAGCAAUGGCUUGGUGAGCAGAAGUCCCUUCUGCGCAAGCUACUGGCGAAGGAUGUUGUUGUUGAGCAGCAGAAAAUGCUGCAAAUUGUUCAUUAUCUGGUCGAAAACGCAAUUUUGCGCUCAACAAAUGGUGGAGUGGUAGUCUCGAGUGCCAAGGAGCCAGCCGUGAAUAUUGACGUGCUUGAAAGAAAUGAAAUGAGCCUACAUGUGUGUAGUAAAGCCAAUGAGAUCAUUAAGUCGGCGUCUGAGGACGCUUCGAUGAAGGAGGCUUUCGACGGUGUCGAAUUCGAGCAAGUGAGCACAGAAAAGUCUAAUGCGGCCGUGCAGGUGCCCACAAAGAUUGUAGUGGAUGAAAACAUUUUGCCUGUUCUAAAGGCAAGUACAUGUGAAGAGGAAUUGCCUUUUAGUGAGGAGCAGGGUGACAUUGUGGACGAUGGGGAUACUAAUGCACCCAGUGAGGAGGGAGUAGUGAAAGCUCUAUCGCCGAGUGUUAGUGAUGUAAUGAGCCCUGCAGAGGUCGCUGUGGCUGAGCCUUUAGAGGAUGUAGAACUGAUUAAGAAAAUAGCUCUGGAUAGUGGUGAGAAUGCUGCUAAAAAGGGUACCACCUCAUGA